CUCUCUCCUCCUCCCCUCUCCACCGCCCUCUCUAACCUCCAACCUAACACCGAUGUCGAACUUCACGACACUGAACAUCACCACGCUCGCCGCCUCCAACGGCUCCUCCACUCUCGAAUGCUGGUCCCUCUCCUCCGGCUUCACUUCCUCCUCCCAAGCCGGAACAACAGGCGCGAAGAUCCUCCCGCUCGGUGAUCUUGCGAAUGCAAGCUACUCUAUCCUCCCUGCCGAGUUCGCUGCCGGACUCCAUAACGCGCCCAACGUCCAAUGGGUCGUCUUUCUCUCCGGCCUCGCACACAUCACCCUCCCCAACGGCACCGACGAAGCCUGGGUGUACGGCGGCCGCAACGGCAUGAUUCUCGCCGUCGACACCGCCGCCGUGUCCACGUUCGGACAUAAUACGACGUAUCCGUCGAGCGAGCAGACGAUCGCGUUGCAGAUCCCGGUGGAGGGCGGUGUGAUGCCGAAUCAUACGGUGCUGCAUGGGGGGCCGUGUGCGCAUGGGGAGCAGAUGCAGAGGAGGGAGUCGUUGGUGGAUUUGGAUUAGUGCGCGGGGUGCAGGGGAUAGAAGGGCGGAAAAUUACUAAUCUUUCCUUGGGCGUUCUGUCGAUUACACUGGGGCCUACGCCCGUUAUUCAUAUUUAUCACUUUUUAUAUCAUCUGCUUGCUUACUCGGCUCCUGUCUUCACUCUUUCUCGCUUGCGCCUUUGUUCUAUCGUCCGUGCCACUGCUAUUCUCUCGUUCGACCUCAAUGGCAACCGUCCUCGUCCGGACUCAAACCUCUGGAGGUAUUCAGCUAUCACUGCC